CACAAAGGGGUGUGUGUGUGUGUGUGUGUGUGUGUGUGUGUGUGUGUGUGUGUUGCGCAGAAAGGGAAGGCAUCACCGUGUUGUUCCCCUCCUGGUUCUCGUCUCCUGAUUUGUUUUUAACAGAAGAAUGAGACCAGAUCUUAGUGUCCACACAACGGAGGAGAAAAGAUGAACGGCUCGCUGUACAUCUCGUUUUUUCAGGGCCAGCUGGAGUCUGUGCUGGAGCAGGUGGUGCAGGUCGCAGUGACCGAGAUCACAGGGACGGUCGGGGGCAGUCUGAGCUCCAUGCUCCUGGAAACGGCCCGUAAGGAGCAGGAGAACCAGCGGCUCAGAGACACCCUGCAGUCUGCGGGACGCGCGGAGAGAGAGAGCGGGGAGACGGAGGACCCCGAGCCGCAACAUGCCGCCUCUAGGCCCGCAUAUCAACACGACUCUGUCCGGCACGAGCAGAAAAGACGAGCUGUGGGCCAGCUGAAGGUGGUGAUGGAACGUGUGCUGGAGUUUGCUGUGCGUGAGCUCAGUAAGAUUGUAGAGGACAGCUUUGACGAUGUUCUUCUGGAGCUCAGGAAGACAGACCGGGAGAAUGAGGAGCUAAUGGAGAAGCUACGUGGUGUGGUGGAGGAGAACGGAGCUGGCAAAGUGGAGAUAAACGAGUCUCAGGGAGACCAGGUGGGAUCUCCAAACAUCACUGAUGUAGUGAAGGAUGAGGAGAGAGCAGAUGCAAAAGAACAGGGAAUGGAACAGCUGCAGAACACUGAAGACUCUGCCCCCCCGACAGUGAUCAGCGUGUCUCAGGACUGGGUUCCAGUGCUGGAUCAGGUGUUCGGUCAGAAGUGGUGUGCUGACAUUUGGCCCAUUAAAGAACCCGGAGACAUUAAAGCAGAACAGUCAUGUUUCCCUUCUGAAGGACCAAUCAGACCAGACUCAGGGCCACACAGGAAAGACGAGAGCCAAUCAGAUCGGCCACAAUGGCUGCAGGACACUCAGGCCCCGACUGUGAACUUUGACACCCAGCAGACUUCCGAGACAAGCCUGAAGGAAGACGAUGUUCAGUUAAAAUCGCCGUCGAUGCUCCACCGCCUGCUCACGCUUCCGUCUCAGCUGUUAGAUGGCGAAGACGAGUCAAUGGAGUCAGAGGAGAGUCUGCUGAAUGCUAUCACCUCACUGCACAGGGCUCAAACGCCUCAUCAGGACACCAUCAGAGCAGAUGAACGUGAUGGUGGCAAAGACCUCGAGGACCAGGAGGAGUUGCAAGGAGAGGAAGAAGAAGCCAAGCCAAGGUCCUGCAGGAGCGGGAGGAAGAACCAUGCCUGUAAGACCUGCGGCAAGAAGUUCAGCCGAGCUCAUCUGCUCAAAGUGCACAAGCUUACACACAAGGAAGCUCACUCGCCGUUCUCCAAACUCCACACUCACGCAUGCACCGAUUCGGGGAAAACCACAUGAGAGGACGUUCUCCAGCGUGAAGCAGGAGAUUCCAUACAUUUCCAGAUGUGCUGACGUUGCACCAUCAUUUCCCAACAUUUUAUCACAGUAUCACAUCAGAAACAUGUCCAACACGACUCGUGACUCGGGGCAGUGACGACGGUCUGACGAUACACGGCGCACGGAAUCACCAUGACACACAAACUCAUGAUCAUAAACACGCAGCUAACAAAAACUUAGCGUGUGAAGGUACAUCAAACAACGUAAGGAACUUUUGAUUCUCCAAUUCAUUGUGUUUGUGUGUUGUGAGGAAGUGAUCUUAAAUUUUAACUAUAUUUAAAUAUAUGACAGAUUAACCAGAGAGAGUUUUGUGCUGAAAUAAAGUCUUGUCUCUGGCUGUGUUUCCAUCCAUGUAUUCAAGUCCAGGUCUCAGAUCAUCUCAAAACAUUUACCUGAACACCAGCGUUUCCCUGUACCCCAGUUUGACACCUGAUAUGUAGGGUGGUUCCACAGUGUUGAGAGGUGACAGAGGGAAAACUCUUACCAGAGAACUAAGCAUACAUUCAGGUUAGGAAGAGAUCAUUGUGUGUUUCACUUGUGCUUACUGACAGAUUUCAUCGUUAAACAUGUUAAAGUCCCGCCCACUUCCCCAGGAACAGGGCCGCUGUAUGAGAUGGCAUGUCGUCAGACACUGAGCCGUUUCUGAGACACGGAUCGUUCUGAAAUACAUCACAGAGUAGCUCGGUUCAUCAAACACAGUUGGAUGGAAACACAAACACGAGGUCAUGUCAUGUGACAGGAAGAUUAAAAAAAACAGCCUACGAACAUUUUAAUUGUAAAUAAAUACAUAAACUCCAGUCUUCACUUUCAGAAAUACCUCUUCACACAAUCGGACUAGAUUUAUCUGAGUUUCUGAUCGAAUCUAAACACAGAUGAGGAACUAAAGAUUUCGAUUUCUGCAAACUUCAGAAGUGCACGACUUCAUCCAACAUCCAUCAUGUGGAGAUUUAUGCAAAUUUUCAUUGUUCCUUCUUCUGGAGCUGUAAAACUGGAAAUCCCAAACAGUCUGAGCUUUUAACUACAGACAUCGCUUCAAAGAAUAUAAGAAUCUAAAAUAAAAAAUUCCAUAGUUUACCCGGUUGUGUGUUAUAGGCUAAAGAGUCAUAAUAAUAACAACAAUAAUAAUAAUAAUAAUAAUAAUAAUAAUAAUAACAACAACAACAACAACAACAAUAAUAAUAAUAAUAGAUUUUGCAGUAUAUUGUACAACUGAUCAUUAGUGCACGCUGAAUGAUUAAAAAUAAAGAAGUGAUCAAUAAUAAUCAGACCUUCUCCAGAUUAGAUUAGACUGAAGGUGUUGAGGAGAAGGUCAGAUUUGUAUAUAAAGACUCAGAGUCUCUACCGUCAACAGUUUCACACCAACAAACUCCAGCUGCUUCCAUUUAGUUCAUAAUGAUAUUAAAUAAAUAAGAUUAUUAUCAGGAAAUCUCAGCACGGUGUGACAUCGUUUAUCACGAUGUCGAUAUUUGAUCUGCAUUUUAAUCUGCCAGCUCCAAGAGGAACUUCCAGAAGGGACGAAACGUUGAGCAUUUACAUUUUCACAUUUUGUGUUGUGACCAGUUUCAUGUGUGGAGCUGUAAUGACCCACCAGCCCUUUCUAACCAUAAACUUUAUUAACUUCAGCAGUGAUGAUGAUGAUGAUGAUGAUGAUGAUGAGGAGUAAAACCGAACGUUACGGCGCUUUCUUACAAAGACCAUUUUGCACUUUCGGUUCUUUUCCACACAAACGUACCUCAUUGUGGCGUAAAGUCCCCAUAGCUCAUUACCUCUCAACACAGGGUGAUUAUUUUAGCAUGUAUUUGUUUUUUUUUAUCUCAUUUAUGUUUAUAUGUUUUUAUAAAAGGUUAUUUGGCUAUCAGACAGGUUUUAUUCUGAAAUGCACUGGUAAAAAAAAACAAACAAAAAAAAAAAAACAGUAAAGCAAACAGACUUUUAUAAUUGACUUUAUAAUCCACUCAAAGACAAAGAAAAGGUGUGAAUGAAGUCUCUACGCUUAAGCCAUGCAAAAGUCACAUAUAAGGCCAAUCAUUUUAUUCUGUAUAGAUUGUUUUGUAAUUUUUAACUAAUUGUGAUUUUUUUUUUGAUUAUUUACAAUAUACAACAUUCCUGACAAAAGAAUGUUGAUGUGGGUCAUGAUUUAGUUUUUCUUUUGAACAGUUUAUACAAAUAAUGACUUUGUCAAAAAGAACAAAAUGUCAGAUUAUUACCAAACAAUGUUCUAAAAUGAUGCAAUGCUGCAUUAAAGAGAAACAUAAGGAAAUGUUAAGUGAGGAAUGAUAUUUUACAUAUGCACUAAAUGAGAAUGGAGCAAUGUAAUAAUAGCAGUUGUUUCUGUCUGCUUACAGAUUUUACUUUUAUACACACACACUCCAAAAGUAUUGGAACACCAGAGCAGUUCCUCUGUUUGUCCUUUAUACUGAAGACAUUUGUGUUGAUGAAAAUGAGACGAUCAGAAUUUUAGCACGUUUCCUGAUGUUUACAUGUAGAUGUGUUAAUCACCUAAAAACAUGACACCUGGGUCUCACACCUCACUUUGUGUGAACAAAAGUAUCGGAACAGAUAUUCUUAAAGGAAGUUCAAGUCAGUAACACUUAACUGCAUCAGACUCCAACGUCACCAAAGGUCUGUUUGACUUGGCCAGUCUUAAACCUUUUCCACUUUGGUUUGCAGCUUACCUUAUGGUCUUUAUAUUCCUGCUCUAGUCUUUUCCAGCAGAUUGUGAGACCUUCUCUCUGCCCCGUGGAGGUUUGGCUGUUGUUUUCAACUCCUGUUCAUCUUUUGAGCUCAAACCUAAAUCUUCAGUGUAAAGAACAAACAAAGGAACUUCUUUUGUGUUCCAGUACAUUUGAAGAGGGCAUUUGUGUGUUUAAACAAACAAAUAAAUAAACUUCACACCUCGUCUGAGGCUGUAGAUGAUUUCUUGAAAUGUAUUAAUGAAUUAUGCAACAAAGCUUUGUCCUUAACUGAAAGAUUGUUUUUGUAGAACGUUUCACCCUCAUUUUGAUGUUCUGAUUUUUGUUGUAAUCUCAGUAGUUAAUUGUGUGAAGAAGUAAUAAAUGAGUU